UGAAAGACAUUCCACUGUAUUGCAUUUGGCAGUUCAUUUAGAAAAUGGACAACGAGUGUAUUUCAACCCAAACAACGCUGUGGAUAGAGCGGCACGUCCACCUGUGACCACAUUGACAGGUUUCUUCUCAAUUUGUGCAACUGAUCAAUUCGCUCGCACUUUGCUGUAUGCUGAUAUGCCGCGCUACUACACAUGGAACGCAUCAUCAAAGUCUUUUCAGCGUCGUAAACAAGGAACACCACUUGAAGGAUAUGAAAAUGUAUUUGCCACAGAUGCUAUAGGCCGUAUAUAUACAGUACAUCCUAAUAACGAUGAAUGUUAUUAUCUUAGAUUGUUAUUGGUGAAUGUUCCUGGUCCGACAUCUUUUCAACAAUUGCGAACAGUUGAUGGACAUCUGUGUGCGACUUACCGUGAGGCGUGUCAAUUAUUACGGUUGCUUGAAAACGAUUCGCAUUGGGAUGAUACGCUCAAGGAUUCCGUGAUAUCUUCAUCGCCGCAUCAAAUUCGCACACUGUUUGCGAUUAUAAUAUCGACAUGUUUCCCCUCAAAUCCGAAUGAUUUGUGGAUGAAAUAUAGGGAUGACAUGUCUGAGGAUGUGUUGCAUCGCGUGCGUUGUGAAACUUUGAAUCCUACAUUGGAAAUUACGGCAGAGAUUUACAAUGACACAUUGAUCAUAAUAGAAGAUAUGUGUUUGUUGAUGGCAAAUAAAGUAUUGUCGUGUUUGGGCCUGACAGCACCCAAUCGUGCUAUGCAAGAUGCAUUAAACCAUGAGUUGCAAAGAGAACUCCAGUACGAUACUCAAGCUAUGACCGAAGCAGUUCGCACAACUGUUCCGCAAUUGAACGAAGAACAAAGGAUUGCGUACGAUCGUUUAACACAAGCUGUAAACAGUGGGUCUGGGGGGAUUUACUUUCUUGAUUCUCCUGGGGGUACUGGGAAAACGUUCCUAAUUUCAUUGCUAUUAGCAAAGAUCCGAUCGCAAAAUGAGGUAGCCCUAGCGUUGGCUUCAUCUGGAAUAGCAGCAACUUUAUUACGUAGAAGGCGGACGAACUGCACAUUCAGCCUUAAAAUUACCAUUAAACAUGCAUAUCAACGAAACGCCAGUUUGCAACAUUGCCAAAAAUAGCGCUAUGGCGAAGACUCUCCAAGUAUGCAAAUUGAUAAUUUGGGACGAAUGCACAAUGGCCCACAAGAGGUCGCUGGAGGCACUAGAUAGGACGUUAAAAGAUUUACGUGAUAACCAAAACAUUUUUGGUGGAGCUAUGAUACUGUUGUCAGGUGAUUUUCGUCAGACUCUUCCAGUAAUUCCUCGAUCGACUGUUGCUGACGAAAUAAACGCAUGUCUAAAAUCAUCAAAUUUGUGGCGGCACGUAAAGACACUACAAUUAACUACUAACAUGCGAGUGUUUUUGCAACAAGAUCAAACUGCGACUGUGUUUUCGAAGCAGUUGCUGGAUAUUGGCAAUGGUAAGGUCGCAGUUGACAGCUCGACCGGAUUAAUGACUUUUCCCACAGAUUUCUGUCACUUCACAGAAUCGAAAAAGGAGCUUAUUCAGCGUGUUUUUCCGGACAUUAAACAACAAUAUAAUAACCACGAUUGGCUAAGUGAACGAGCAAUAUUGGCAGCAAAAAACAAAGAUGUCGAUGAUCUCAAUGCUACCAUUCAGAAUUUCCUUCCAGGAGAGUUGUUUACGUACAAAUCAGUUGACACGGCCACAAACCAGGAUGACGUAGUCAACUAUCCUACAGAAUUUUUAAAUUCAUUGGACUUGCCUGGACUACCACCAUAUAAUUUGAAAUUAAAAGUAGGGUCAGUUGUCAUCAUGCUGCGUAAUAUUAAUCAACCUCGACUUUGCAAUGGAACGAGAUUGGUUGUGAAGAAACUCAUGAAUAACAUCAUCGAAGCUAAAAUAAUCAAAGGAAAAUACAAAGGAGAGGAUGUCUUAAUCCCACGAAUACCUAUGAUUCCAACGGAUUUGCCAUUUGAUUUUAAGAGGUUGCAAUUUCCCGUGCGUCUGGCGUUUGCGAUGACCAUAAAUAAAUCGCAAGGCCAAUCGUUGCAAGUUUGCGGAAUAAACUUAGAGUUUCCCUGUUUCGCACAUGGACAAUUAUACGUUGCGUGUUCGCGUGUCGGAAAACCAACAUCCUUAUUUAUUUACGCACCGCAAAAAAAAACUAAAAAUAUUGUCUACCAGAAAGCACUAUAUUAAUUAACUGUAUAUGAUCAUAACUGUGUUGUAUUUAAUUUAAGCAAAGAUUUGUUUAUCAUGUUCACAGUCCAGAAACGAGCACAUCCAAGAAAAUUUUAAAUUUUUGUAUAUGAAGUGUAUAAAUAUAAAUAAAUGACUUAAUAUGUAUAUAAUA